UGUACAACUUUUUCUGGGGACCUUAAAAGACAAGAAAAGUGGCUCCUCUUUUUCUUCUGUUUCCAGUCGCCUUGUCUUUGAGUUCAACACCGUCACUCCGUCUUGUUUUUAUCGAUUUGUUUCUUUUCUCGCGGUUGGUGGAAAUGUCGUGGAACCUGUGGAUGCUCUGCCUCUUUCUCUGCUUCUCUUGGGCCGAAGCUCGUAUUUGGGCCUGGAUGCUCAACAUGCCACACAGCCCUCCCAAAGAAGGAGCAAAGGCACUUCGAGAAAACAUUUCUGCAACCAAACCAAUCACGGCUGUAUGCGAUCAGGACAGGGCCUGUGGGCGGGGCUUCUCCUGCGAUCGACACUUUGGUCUCUGCGUUCCUCUGCGAGGGGAGGGCCACUACUGUCGGAGGGACGCCCAGUGUGUCCGCGGACUCAGCUGCAUGUUUGGAAAGUGCCACCGCAGCAUCCCCAACGGCCAAGAGGGUGCCAGAUGUAAAGUUGACAGAGAUUGUGGUGCGUCCAUGUGCUGCGCUCGUCACCAUGGCGAACAGGUGUGCAAAAGACGCCUGCUCCGUGGCGAGAGCUGCUAUGUUCCUGAUGGCGGCCUGGCGUUCAGCAUAAACCAGAUUUGUCCUUGUGAUGAAGGGCUGCUGUGUCGUGGAAACAGUGCACCACACCUCAGAGAGUAA